AUGCGGAUACUCCAGAAUGUCCACUCGCCGCGUUAUGCCAGCCUCCAUCCGCAGCCACUCGUCGUAGAAUAUCGAAAUGUGGAGUGGGGUGCAGUGCUCGAGCUCGCUGUUGAUCAGCAGCACCAGCUCGUUGAACCCCGUGUCCAGGUGGAACCGGAUCUCUUCCACCAUCGACAUGAUCUCACGCCGGUUGUACAUGUUGAUGAUGUCGAUGCUGUUUAUUGCAAUGGAGAGCGCGACGCUGAGCGUCUGGAUCCGCAACGUCGGGCAGCUGAGAUGCUUGGCGACGGAGUUGAUCCCCUGGACCACUAUGUGCAGCCCCUGGGAGGUGCUCGGAACGGCGAUAAAUUGUUCGAAUGGUAA